GCAGGGCAGAGGCGCGUCCCUAGGCUGCCAAUCAGCAGCUAGCUAUUGAAUACAUACAUAAUAGCUCUAGCUAAGUUCUAGCGUUAAAUCGUAGUGUUCGCGUAUCACUGAGAAUCUGCAACCGGUGCCAUCAUGUCUCCCCCGGCCUCAAACACAGAGAAACAGGAAAGGAACCGGCAGGAGAAACGGACAGGAUACACUUAUGAAGAGUACAAACAGACUGCAGACUGGCUGCUUUCCAAUACAGAGCAUCGUCCCACUGUGGCUAUUGUGUGUGGGUCAGGACUUGGGGGACUAGGAGAUCUUCUGAAGGAUCAAGUAGCUUUCCAUUACUCUGACAUUCCCAACUUCCCACAGAGCACAGUUCCUGGUCAUGCUGGACGUCUAAUAUUUGGAAACCUCAAUGGAAAGCCUUGUGUUUGCAUGCAAGGCCGCUUCCACUUCUAUGAAGGUUACCCACUGUGGAAGGUUACGUUCCCCGUUCGUGUAUUCCGCCUGAUGGGGGUGGAAACUGUCAUUGUCACCAAUGCCGCAGGGGGACUUAAUCAAGACUAUAAAGUGGGGGACAUUAUGGUGAUAAAGGACCAUAUUAAUAUCCCAGGUUUUGCAGGAAAUAAUCCACUGUCUGGUCCUAAUGAUGAAAGAUUUGGUCCCCGGUUUCCCCCCAUGUCUGAUGCCUAUGACAAAGAGAUAAGGAAGCUGGUUGUGGCUAUUGGGAGCGAGCUGGGAUUUGAGGAGAAGAUAAAAGAAGGAGUGUACUGUGGCCUUGGGGGACCCAAUUUUGAAACCAUUGCUGAAUGCCGUUUCUUAAACCGUCUCGGGGCUGAUGCUGUCGGUAUGAGCACGGUCCAUGAAGUAGUUGUUGCCAGACAUUGUGGCCUCCGUGUCAUGGGCUUGUCUCUCAUUACCAACAAAGCUGUGAUGGACUAUGACAGUGAAGCCACGGCUAACCAUGAGGAGGUACUCCAGGCUGGAAAGGACAGCGCCAAGUAUUUAGAAAAACUGGUGGCCACUGUCAUCCAGCGAAUUGAGCUGAACAACAAUGUGAUAUAGAAGACAAUGAAUCGUUUAGGUGGAGGAGGUUUGGGUCUGUGACAUCAUCUUUAUGACCUCCACUAAAAAUACUGGCCAAUGCCAAACUCAGUUCCAAGUAUACUAGUACUGUGCAUCUCAGCCUUUAUAGGGACCUAUAAUUACUUCACUAAAUCCAGCAUUCUCUUAAUCAGCAAACAUUCCCAAGUAGAAGUGUUUUUAAACCAUAUUUCCAUAAAACAUUUCUCCAUCUCCCUCUUGGAUUGUGUUGGCGUUGAGCAUAAAAUCUCCUAAUUAAUCCAAUUAAUCUUGAAGGCUCUUGUAGCCCCAUGUAGAUACUGAUAUUUAUAUAAAACAUUAUCUAUUCCAGAUUAGAGGGUUCAGUUUUAAUUUCCAUCUGUACCUUUUAGCCCCUUGUGAAAAUGACAUCAUUGAGGUGAUCUGUAACUAUUUAUUAAUGUAUUGAGGACAUGUUACAUUUUUGAACAGUGUGUUUGCGUUCACACUUUUUUAAAGGUAUUUUUGUUGACUAUAAUAUAAAUAUAUACAAGUAUAAUAAUACACUUAAAAUUUGAUUGA